AUGGAAGUCAUUGAAGAAAACUCGCAAGAAGAUGAAAAUUUGGAAGAUCCAAGGGAAAGGAGACGUGUAAUUGACUCAGCAACUAAUCGAUAUGAACACCCACGCGAACUUCUUCGUCGUGCAAAUAAUAAUUGUGAAAGGGAAGAAGAGGAUCCAAGGCAAGGAAAAAUGAUAUUAAAUGGUAGAGAAAUGGUGAGAGACGAAUAUGAGCGCGAACGAGAGAUUGCAAGUGCGAGAGAUAAACAGAGAAGAAGGGAAGAAUUAGAAGAAAUAGAAUUACAAAGUGGAUUGUGUCAUAUUGAUAAUCGAGUAAGGGUACGCGAGCAUCAUCGCAUAGAUGAUAUAGAUCAAGGUCGAGUUACACCACAAGAAAGAGAAAUAUCAAGACAUCAAUAUGAUCGCACGGGCAAUGAAGAAAGACAUGAUAGAGUACAAAUUGAAGCAAAUACUAAAAGGCAUAGGCGAAGAAGAGAGGAAACUGAACAACAGGAGAUACAAGAGGAAAAUCAAGGAAGGAAUAAUGCAGAGAUGGGACAAAAGUUAGUGGCUAUGGGCAGUGCAGAUCAACUAGAGUUUAAUAAAGAGUACAGAGACAAGCAACUUCAAAAUUAUGGAGGUGCUGAUACAGUUCAACCAGGAAGUCCUGCGGGACAGAAAACACAUUAUAACAAGAAAGCUGGAAGAAUAGUGCGGGAACAGAUAAAUUUGCCGAAGUUGAACACUACAGUGGAUAAACCAAGGAAUUUACCACCACCACCACCUCCACCUCAAGGAAAUACAUAUGCAAAGGAGAAGAAAAUGAGUACAUUUGUUAUUGAAGUGGGUGCGAAGGCAAAGAAUUUAUAUUAUAUCACAUUCUGUGUAGUGGAUGUUGAGUCGCCCUAUAAUGCUCUCAUUGGAAGACCAUGGUUGCAUUGA